UACUCUUCUGGUCUUAUAUCUUAUAUACCCAACGACCAUAUGAAGAGUCAUACAUCCCAUUCUCAAAAAUGUGUUCGUGGUAAUAAAAGUAGAGGUAAAAAUCUAAUUCUAAAUUAUACAUUAUUUUUCAUAACCUUGUCUUUGAGGCAUUGUUUGAAACAGUCAUGAAGACAUGAAAUAUUUAAAACGUAAUUUAAUGUUUUUGGAUUCCAUAAACAACGGAAUGUCAAAUCGAUAGCAAAGUUUACGAAAUCGGCCACAAGAGGUCUCUAAGUUAUCUAAUUUUGCUAGUGUUGCAAAAUGGCCAAUUAUCUGAUGCGCCGGGCGCUCAUCAAUGCUAUCCGUGUUCCUGUCUGCGCCAGGGCUGGAUCCACUGGAAACACUGAACUUGCCAAGAUUGGUGACCGUGAGUGGGUAGGCUAUGGUUUCAACGGCCAGCCCAACUACGUAGACAGGCCUGACUUCCCCCUGCCUGCCAUCCGGUUCCGUGAGGACACCCCUGACAUUAAGGCUCUCCGUGAAAAAGAAAAGGGUGAUUGGCGCAAAUUGACCCUCGAAGAAAAGAAAACUCUGUACAGAGCUUCAUUCUGUCAGACCUUCGCUGAGUUCCAGGCCCCCACCGGAGAGUGGAAGGGAGUCGUUGGUUGGGCUCUAGUCCUCUCAUCUUUGGCUGCUUGGAUCUACAUGGCCAUGAAAGUCUUUGUGUACAGUCCUAUUCCUGACUCAUUGAGUGAAGAGAGGCAGAAGGCUCAGCUCCAGAGAAUGUUGGACCUUAAGGUGAAUCCCAUCGAUGGACUUGCCUCCAAGUGGGACUACGAAAACAACCGCUGGAAGUAAAUUUGAUACUGCACUGGCGAGUAAACACUUCUGGGUUGUAGUGUAGAGAAGAAAUUGUGUAUUUAAGAGAAUAAACAUCUGUGUAAAAUAAUAAAUGUGAUUCCAAUCAAA